AUAGAGAGGGAGAGCGAGAGAGAAAGGGUGGGAGGAGAAGCUGGGAGGAGAGUUGAAUUAAUGAAUUAAAAUGUCCUGAGUCUAGUUGAGUGACUGAAUAGGCUACUUUUUCAUUUAUAAGGAGAGACAAGUGAAAACUUGAGAGAAGAGGACAAUUCAACUUCUACAUGAACCCGAGAACCAUCACAGCUCGAGAUGCAACGGGGGACAUUGCAACUAUUUUAUUACAUAAUAACUCUGUAACGUUCAACCGGAACCGGUACCGACUGACACUUCAGUCUUAGAGAAACCAUUGAUUUGUCUUUGGUAAAUUCGCGAUUAGAUUAGUAGGCUACAGAAACUUGUUGAUUUGAACGUUUUUGUAAAAAAAAAAUAAUUGUUAGGCAUAUAAGAAUUAUAAUGGAAAUAUCUAGAACUACAAUCAGGAUGGAAAUCUGUAGACAAUGAAAGUUGCGUGUCUCGUGCUCAUGCGUGUGAGAGAACUGUCAACAAGUGCGCGUUGCUCCAAUCCAUGAUGUCGCACUGAGUAAAAAGUCAACAAAUAGGCAAAUUGAUCACAACAUACAUUUUUUAAAUGUGUUUUGGGAGAUUAAAACACUUUUAAAAGUCUCAAAAUUGCAUUCAACAAUUGCAACAAAAGGUAGACAUCAUCAAGGGAAGUUUUCUUGUGGCCGUUAUUACGUUUUCAACAUACUCUGCAUUUUCAAUCAAUAAAAUCUGCAGCCAUGACGUCGGCCACUCCCCCCUCCUCGCGAGGCUCCUCCCCCCAGAAGGUGUGUCACUCCAUGAUCCAGACGGAGGUUCUGAAGCCGCUGCUGGAGGCAGGUGGGGCGGCAGGGGUGGGGGCGGCAACGGCGGCAGGGGGGGCAGCGACGGCAGGGGGGGCAGCGACGGCAGCGGCGGCAGGGGGGGCAGCGACGGCGGUCUGCGCGCUCCGACGGAGACGGCGCGUUCUCUCCAAGGACGGGCACAGCAACGUGCACAUCGAGCAUGUGAGCGGGCGCGGGGCAAUGUACCUGCGUGACAUCUGGACGACCUUCCUGGACAUGCAGUGGCGCUACAAGCUCUUCCUGUUCUCGGCCACCUUCGCCGGGACCUGGUUCCUGUUCGGGGUUCUGUGGUACCUGGUGGCGCUGGUGCACGGAGACCUGCUAGAGUCUGACCCUCCGUCCAACCACACCCCGUGUGUGAUGCAGGUGCAGACUCUGACAGGGGCGUUCCUCUUCUCACUGGAGUCGCAGACCACAAUUGGCUACGGCUUCCGUUGCAUCACAGAGGAAUGUCCCGCUGCCAUCAUCCUCCUCAUCCUCCAACUGGUCAUCACCAUGGUGCUUGAGAUCUUCAUCACUGGAACCUUCCUCGCCAAGGUGGCGCGGCCCAAGAAGAGAGGAGAGACAGUGAAGUUCAGCCAGUACGCUGUGGUGUCCAAUCACGAGGGCCGACCCUGCCUAAUGAUCCGUGUGGCUAACAUGCGCAAGAGCCUGCUGCUGGGCUGCUCGGUGACGGGGAAGUUGCUCCAGACGUCCCAGACCAAGGAGGGGGAGACGAUGCGUCUGAACCAGAGGAACGUUCCCUUCCAGGUGGACACGUCCAGCGACAGCCCCUUCCUCAUCCUCCCCCUCACCUUCUACCACAUCAUAGACGACUGCAGUCCGCUCAGAGCCUGGGCUGCCAAGGGAGGGGGAUGGACGGAUCCGGAUCUGGCAGACUUUGAGCUGCUGGUGAUCAUGAGUGCCACAGUGGAGCCCACCUCCGCCACCUGCCAGGUGCGCACCUCCUACCUGCCAGAUGAGAUCCUGUGGGGGUACGAGUUCCCCCCCGUGGUCUCCCUGUCUUCGUCUGGGAAGUAUGUGGCGGACUUCACCUUCUUCGACAAGGUGGACAAAACAAAAACCCCGCCCCUCUUCAAACAGGCCCCCCCCCCAAGCCCGGCCAUGCACUCGUCCCGCAGCAGCAGAGGGGGAGCAGAGGAAGGAGCGGACCCAGAGAAGAUGAAACUAGAGGAGAGCUAUCAAGGGGAGGAGAGGGGGAGGGGCAGGGGGAGGGGCAGGGGGAGGGGGAGAGACAGUAGCCCCCUCAGUGUCCGUAUCAGUAAUGUAUAGAGAGAGAGAGAGGAUGGAGGGAAAGAGAGAGAGAGCAUGAAUGAGAUGGAAUGAGAGAGUUACGAGAAAGGAGAUAAGAGAGGAGACUGUAUGGAGAUUGAUAAAUUAUCAAGUGAGAAUAAAAAGUUGAAUGAAAGAGAGAUGAGCUGCUCCUCUGUUGGGAAAUGUGAACACACACACACACGCUCCUUUAUUGGACUUUAUGCGUUUGUAUCGCCCCUUGUGGUUGGAAAGGAUUCAACAGGUGAUAACCUUCAAAGGAACAAAAUACAUCCCAUUUGUGUCUACUGUCCUGUAAUCAAAGAUGGACCAAGAAAGCUUUUUAAACUUAAUUUGUCUGUAUUUUUAUAAGAAGACUUGUGUGACUGGAAAGGUCAAGGUUGACUGGUUUACCAGGACAAAACAUGGUUCACGAGGACAUAAUCAAAAGAACCAUGCAGUGGAGGCUGCUGAAGGGAGGACGGCUCAUAAUAAUGGCUGGAAUGGAGUCAAUGGAUUGGCAUCACGUGGAAACCAUGUGGAAACCAUAUGGAAACCAUGUGUUUGAUGUAUUCGAUAACAUUCCACUUAUUCCACUCCAGCCAUUACCACAAGCCCAUCCUCCCCAAUUAAGGUGCCACCAUCCUCCUGUGUAAUCAUGGUACUGUUACUGUUUUUAACACAGAAAGGUACUCUGUCUGCAGGACAUGAGAGUGGAAAUACUGGAGAAAAUAAAACACAUUACAUUUUUUAUGAUAUUGUAUGUAUACUGUAUGUAUCUGUCCCUAACGAUGCGAUAUCCAGCAGUACUUAUUCACCUGAGUAUAUGCUUAGCAGGGUUGUGGUCCAUUCCAUUUAAAUUCCGGUCAAUUCAGAAAGUAAACCAAAUCCCAAUUCCAAAUGUUCAUUGUCACUCAUUGAAAAGCACUGAGAAAUGAAAUUGGAUUUUCAGUGUACUUCCUGAAUUGACUAGAAUUGAAAUGUAAUUCAUUCCAACCCUGAUGUUUAGUGUUUCUGUUAUUUUUUUUCUCACUGGAAUAUAUGUAUUGGAGAUGUAUGUUAACAAUACUAAAAGCACUUUAACUUGAUGGUGUAUGUGUACACAAGCAUGUUUAUAUGUUUCAGUCAAUGUGAGUGCGAGACUGCAUGUAUGUGUGUUUUAACAUAUGCAUGUUCAUAUGUAUGUACUUGUUAUUCCUCCUUAGACUGUACUUCAAUACCUGAUCACUCCAGUGGUCCUUCUAAAACGUGCCACUAAACUGUGCCUUUUGAUGUGCCAGUGUCUGUGCAGUCGAGCAUCAGAUUUCAAUAUCAUAUGGUGUGGUUAGCUGACAUGUUAAACACCUAUCCAUUCGUUGUGAGAUCUGGCAGGCGUCUGCAAUGAAGUCAGGCAAGAAUGCUACCAUUGCCUGUGAUUGGUUAUAAUGUGUUGGCCAGGCCAGGUCCCAUCUGUAAUACCGCAACCUCAUCACCCUAACAGAUAAUAUACUAUGAAGUGUUGGCCAGGCCAGGUCCCAUCUGUAAUACUGGAACAGAUAAUAUACAAAUGUUAAAUGUUUUUAAUAAAAGUGCAGAUUUACAACAGCUCUGUAUUGGCCCGUCUCUGUCAAACAAAACCCCCACACCUGUGUCGGUUUCCGUGAAACCAGCACUGAAGGAAACAUGCACUAAAGAUAUACCAUAUGGUUUUUGUUGCUGUACACUUCCACAAUGCACUCUUAACCCCAGAGUGCCGCAGGUAGGGGAAAAGUAAAAAUUGUAGUUUUUCCCCCUAGAGAACGAUGGAGCUAGAGCUCUCAACGUUUUCCAGCAUGAGAGCUACUCAUUUUAUUCUAGCUUUCAAAUAGGCACAUUCUCCUCUUCUCUUCUCCCCUGCAACUCCUCCCCGGGUUCUUAGUGUACAGGAGAAAGUAGUGCACUAUGUUUUCUGUCAAUAUACCUGGUAAAUAAUGGUUAAUAAACAACUCUAAUGGGG